CAAAGAUCUGGCAGAAAGAUAGGCUGUUUCUCUUCUCCUGGAAAAGCCUGAUUGGUAGGAUUCCUUAAAGGGCUUGGCCCUCAAGUGUUUUAUCCCAUAUUCUUACCAACUUAAAAACGUGCAGGGAUCCUCUGAAGGCUUCAUCAUUUCACACAAAUGGCUAAUCCUGGAGGUGGUGCUGUUUGCAAUGGGAAUCUUCACACCCACAAAACACAGAGCCACGGCUCACAAAGUGGAGACGGCAGGAAGAACGGGGUCAUGAAGGAAACCCAGCAAAAUGGAAACUCACCUUUUUAUAAGCCGAUUGUUGAAUCCUUUGAGCAAGCACCUCUUCACGUCAUGGUUUUUACUUACAUGGGUUAUGGAAUUGGAACCCUGUUUGGCCAUUUCAGAGACUUUUUGAGAAACUGGGGAAUAGAAAAAUGCAACGCAGCUGUAGAGCGAGAAGAACAAAAAGAUUUUGUGCCGCUCUAUCAAGACUUUGAGAAUUUUUACAUCCGGAACCUUUAUAUGCGAAUCAGAGACAACUGGAACCGGCCAGUAUGCAGCGCCCCUGGGCCACAGUUCGAUAUAAUGGAGAGGGUAUCAGAUGACUACAACUGGACAUUUCGGCUUACUGGGCGAAUCAUCAAAGAUGUCAUUAACAUGGGCUCCUAUAACUUCCUUGGCCUCGCAGCCAAGUACGAUGAAUCUAUGAGGACAGUAAAGGAUGUUUUAGAGGAAUAUGGCUGUGGCGUGUGCAGCACCCGACAGGAAAUGGGCACCCUGGACAAACACAAAGAGUUGGAGGAUCUUGUGGCUAAAUUCCUGAAUGUAGAAGCAGCAAUGGUCUUUGGGAUGGGAUAUGCAACAAAUUCAAUGAAUAUCCCUGCACUCGUGGGAAAGGGAUGCCUCAUUUUAAGUGAUGAGCUAAACCAUGCAUCUCUUAUUCUUGGGGCCCGACUAUCAGGAGCGACCAUAAGGAUCUUCAAACACAACAAUACACAGAACCUAGAGAAACAACUGAGAGAUGCAAUCAUCUAUGGCCAGCCACGGACGCACAGAGCUUGGAAAAAGAUUCUCAUCCUGGUAGAAGGCAUCUACAGCAUGGAAGGUACCAUUUUGCACCUGCCCCAGAUCGUGGCUCUGAAGAAGAAAUACAAGGCUUACCUCUACAUCGACGAGGCACACAGCAUUGGGGCUGUGGGCCCCACCGGCAGGGGUGUCGUGGAUUUCUUUGGAAUGGACCCUUGUGAUGUCGAUGUGUUAAUGGGCACAUUCACGAAAAGCUUCGGAGCUGCAGGAGGUUACAUAGCCGGAAGGAAGGAGCUUGUGGAUUAUUUGCGAGUUAAUUCACAUAGUGCUGCUUAUGCCACAUCCAUGAGUCCCCCGAUAACAGAGCAAAUCAUCAGAUCGAUUAAAUUUAUCAUGGGAACGGAUGGAUCCACAGAAGGAUUGCAGAGAGUCCAACAACUUGCAAAAAACACAAGAUACUUCAGACAGAGGCUAAACGAAAUGGGAUUCAUUGUUUAUGGCAAUGAAGAAUCGCCUCUUAUCCCCCUGCUCCUUUAUAUGCCUGGUAAAGUCGCGGCUUUUGCACGACAUCUGUUACAGAGAAAAAUCGGGGUGGUUGUCGUUGGUUUUCCAGCCACUCCCCUUGCUGAUGCAAGAGCUCGGAUUUGCAUGUCAGCAGCACAUACUCGGGAGAAUCUGGACACAGUCUUAGAAGCCCUUGAUGAGCUUGGCGACCUCUUGCAACUGAAAUAUUCCCGGCACCGAAAGUCAGCUCGCCCUGACCUCUACGACGAGACAAGCUUUGAACUUGAAGAUUAAGUCUUCUGGUCCUGAAUGGAGUGAAAAGAUUUUGCCAGAAGGACGUCUUUCCUUAGCUCAAAAAGGAAUAUACUCUAAAUAAGUUUCUCCCCUUUCUAAAGGCAGUAUUGGUUUUCAGACCAGGUUAAUUGCACUGAAGGAGACGUUGUCGUUGUGUUUUUAAUAUCUUUUAUUUGGGACCAGAGAGAUUAAACUAUGAUUUAAGUUUU